CCAACAAGCCGAGCCGAGAGCCGAGCCGUCAGCCCUGACUAACUGACUGACUGACUGCCUCCAACAACGCCUCCCAUUUCGACUUCUUCUUCACACCCAUUUCCCUUUUUCUCCCCAAUUUCCCAAACCCUAAUUCCAAUUUUCUCAGAAGAUGAAGAUGGCGGCGACAGUCGACGGCGAGGAUAAGGUGCUGGCCACCGCGCAGCAGAUCGUGAAAUCACUCGGCAACACGUCCGACGCCGAGGACAUGCUCUUGAUUCUCUCCAAUUUCGACAACCGUCUCUCCUCUCUCUCGUCAUUCGUUUCCUCCGAUGAGAAUCCCUCCGCCGCCGCCGCCGCCGCCGGAGUCAAGGGUGGCCAAUCUUCCGUGGCGGAUCGCCAAUUGGACGCCGCGGAGCGAGUGCUGUUGAGCGACGCCGAUUUGGAUGGGUUCGAUGAUUACUUACUCGCGGUGGAUGAGGUCAUACGAUUGACCGAGGAAAUGAACCUCCGUUCCCCUGACGACGACGCCAUGGACCGAGCCGAGAACGUGCUGCAGCUUGCGAUGGCGCGGUUGGAGGAGGAGUUUCGUCACGUGCUUGUACGGAACACGGUUCCUCUGGACCCUGACCGCCUCCAUCGCUCGUCCCUGUCGUCCUCUGCUGCUGCUAUAGCGAUUGCUGCGACCGAGUUUCUGAACGACGAGAAUAGUGAGACUCUCGAGGAUGUAAGCAGUGGACGGUACAGUCAGCACAUCCACGCUAGGGGUGUGAGCUUUGGGGAUGAGAUGUCUCUGGAAUUGAUUCAUCAAGAUGCUGUGGUCGAUCUGCGUGAAAUUGCUGAUAGGAUGAUUCGAUCCGGGUAUGAAAAGGAGUGCUGCCAGGUCUAUUGCUCCGUUCGUCGCGAUGUUCUUGACGAAUGUAUGGCAAUUCUGGGAGUGGAGAAAUUGAGCAUUGAGGAGGUUCAGAGGAUUGAAUGGAGAACUUUGGAUGAGAAGAUGAAGAAAUGGAUUCAAGCUGUUAAAGUAGUUGUGAGAGGUCUUCUCUCAAGCGAAAAAUAUCUCUGCGAGCAGAUUUUCAUAGAGUCGGAUUUGAUCAAAGAAGUUUGCUUUCUGGAGACGGCAAAAGGUUGCGUAAUGCAGCUGUUGAAUUUCGGGGAGGCAGUCGCGAUUGGGAAGAGGUCUGCCGAGAAGCUGUUUAGGAUUCUCGACAUGUACGAUGCUUUAGCACAGGUGUUACCUGAUUUACAGUCGCUAUUCGCGGAUGAAGAUGCGGGCGAAACAGUCUGUAGUGAGGCGAGGGGAGUGUUGUCUUGGCUAGGCGAGGCUGCUGUCGGGACUUUUGUUGAGUUCGAGAAUGCAGUUCAGGGAGAAGCUUCACGGAAAGUCAUACACAAUGGCGACAUUCAUCCAUUAGCUAGAUAUGUGAUGAAUUAUUCGAAGUUGCUCGUGGAUUAUAGUGAUACGCUCAAUCUGCUCUUGGAGAACACAAGUGCUGAAUCUUCCCCGUUGGAGAGGGACAAUAGUGGUAGUUCUGAGACAGGAGACAUGUCCCCCAUGGCUCGGAGGCUCUUGGCAUUGAUUACUUCGUUGGAGGCGAAUAUUGAGGAGAAGUCGAGGCUGUAUGAGGAUAUUGCAAUGCAGUAUAUAUUCUUAAUGAACAAUAUACUCUACGUCGUGCAGAAAGUGAAGGACUCAGAGCUCAGAAACCAUUUAGGUGAUAAUUGGGUUAAGAAAAGAAGGGGACAGAUUCGACAGUAUGCUACCCAAUACCUUAGAGCCUCAUGGACGAAGGCUUUGUCUUGUUUAAGGGACGAAGGCAUGGGUGGGAGCUCAAGUAACACAUCGAAAGUGGCUCUGAAGGACAGAUUUAAAAAUUUCAAUGCUUGUUUUGAGGAGAUUUAUAGGAUUCAAACAGCAUGGAAAGUCCCAGACCCUCAGCUCCGCGAGGAGCUCAGGAUUUCCAUAUCUGAAAAAGUGAUCCCAGCUUACCGUUCGUUUAUGGGACGGUUUGGUAGUCAAUUAGAAAGUGGGAGACAAGGGAAAUACAUAAAGUAUACGCCGGAGGAUUUGGAGAACUAUUUAUUGGAUCUUUUCGAAGAUGCGCCCCUCAUUCUGCAUCAUAUGAGAAGAAAAAGUUCGUAAAAGUGCAGGGCAUUGCUGCAGGUUGCUUUUCUGUCUUCAUCGAGAAAUAGUAUGGCUUCCAUCUGUUUGCUCGAUGAUGUACUAUUUUUAUUAGCAUGGAUGUGUUGAACAAAACCUUCUGUGAAGUAUAUCCAGACCCGUCUACAUAUGCUGUUGUAAAUUUGUAUAUCUGCCUUAUAACCCUCCGAGGAACCAAUUUCGUGUGUUUAUUUUAUGAAUCACAUUUAGAGUC